AUGUCACCGGAAGCUGCAGGGGGAUUGCUUUGGAGCUCUGACCGUAGAGUCCCUGCUACACCGCUCUGCGACCCCGAUGAAUCCUUGCUGAGCUCACCGCUCCGUGCAGACGGAGGCCCAGUUCCCGACCCAUUGCCUGCUGUCCUGCGAGGCCACAUUUCAUUGGAAGGUGCACGCGUCGAAUCUCCCAAAUCCGGGUUUGAGCCGUUCUCCGGAGCCGGUCUGGCUUCCAACUAUUUUGGCCUGCCCUCCUGUUCAUCACCGGCACCUGUCUCCCCAAAUGUACUCGACGCCCACCCAGCAGUUCCCCAACUAAGACCAAUUCCCCCGGCCCAGCUGCAGCCCACCUUCCCUCUCCACGCUCCUGCGACUCUUGGUGCGCUUAACCUACAACGCCUGGCUCCCAUCACUGGCCUGGUGGAAUCGCAGGAUCCAGGCGUCAGUGACCUGUAUGCACCCUUGGAUCUGGCCCUGACCAGCACGUCAUGUCCACAACGUCUGCCGCAAGACUCUCAGAAUAGCUGGCAAAACUUCUCCCCCUCGCAUUUUCCUAGGCACCCGAAUAAGACAAACAGGACAGUGGCCACAUCAUCUGGUCAAACUGGGGAUCACCUGUCUGGAGAAAAUUCGUGUUGUCAACACAAUCAUCUGGCGAACGGUCUUAAGACGGGUGAACAUCCGAGAUUGACUGAUUGCUCUAUUAGGGAGAAGCUACCCGAAGAAAUGGGAAGUCUGGAUGUAACCUCUGCCAUCGGGAAUGAGCAAGAGCCAAACACUUCACAUCUGAUGGCAGCCUCGUCAGGUUUAGCAGACAAAUUGCUGCCCGAGGCGCUAACUAGUAGAAUGAUUUCUUUGCUGAUGAACGCGGACCCCAGCACGGAGCCCAAAAGUCAGGAUAUUUUGGAGAACUGGCGUCAGUUUCACCAGGCCGCUUUGGCAAAUAACAUUGAUCCAAACGUCCUAUUGCUUCGUGACUCCGAGUAA